CGAGUGUUCCUUUCCCAUGACCGACACUGUCACCAAGCGACUACAUAUUUCAGGUUUAACACCGGCACUAACUUCUUCAGACCUUUCUGCACGGUUAUCGAAAUUUGGUACCGUCAAAUCCCUCGAUGGCUUUGACCUCAAAGAUGGUGUUGGGCAGCCCAGGAAAUUUGCCUAUGCCACUAUAGAAGCUACUCCGGCAGCGUUAAAAAAAUUGAUUUAGGCUUUACUAGUCUUAGCGGUACAACAUGGAAGGGCGCAAAGUUACGCAUUGGAGAAGCCAAAUCAGACUACAGAGAAAGACUAGCUGAAGAACGGGCAACGACAAACGAAGAACCUUCACGGAAGCGACAAAGAAAACACUACUCGAAGUACACCGCUACUUUUGGACCAGAUAUGACAUUGGUCACUCGGGAGAACGCUGCAAAACGUCCAGGAUGGAAAGUGAUGCCGUCUGGAAGGAUGGUCAGGUCUAUGCGUAUGAGACCUGAAAAACCGCUACCUCCUUGCUCGAACAAUUCCGAGAAAAAUCAAGUGUCGUCAGUAACGGCAAAGAAGAAGAAAAAAUUCAGACCCUUAGAUUCGAGAGCGAGAAUACGGACAAUCGAUGUCACGAAAUGGAAUGGCGAAUACCUACGGGGAUCACUCCUCGACGGGCAGAUCAUAGCUUCACCCCUCCUAUCUAGGACGGAGAAGAAUACUGGUAAAUCAUCUUCAAAGGGUGAAGUUCGAGAUAUGGAGUUCGAGACCGACCCAACAAUGCCAAGUCCCUCCAUCUGUCCUUCAGAAUUCACCCCCGCUGCAGUUCCACAGACCUCACACGUGGAACAGCAGGUAGCAGAUUCGCCUCCCCACCCAGCAACAACAGCAGACGACUUCGCUCUCGAACGCGCUCAAAAUUUAAGUUUAUUCAAUGCCCUCCUCGGUGAUACCGAACGGGACGGUCGAGAAAGUGACUCUGAUAUUGACGAGUCGCGUGUCAUCGAAGUGGAGGAUUACACGGGUGAAGAACACUACGAAAUCGUCCCUGCUGCUGCCAUUCACGGACGGACACAAACUCGAGACCGCGAUACACCUAUGGAAGUGGAGGAACCACCUCCGAAAGAGGGAGAGACUGCAGUACAACCACCUCCUACUGCUAUGAAACCCACCGUGUCUUUGAAAGAUCUCUUCGCACCACGGGAGGAAGAUGUUGGCUUCUCCCUUCUCGACCAUCUCGACCUCGGACGGGACGAGGAGGAUGAUCUCGACAUGGGUCCUUUCAUGAUGAUCCCGCAGGGUACAGAAGGAGAAAUAAGCAACGUCACAGGCGCGACGGAUAGCCAAGUACAGCCGGUCAAUGCACCAGCCGUCGCAUCUACAAUCUCGAAAUCUUCCAUUCACCAAAGGAUCAAUCUGGAUCCCAAAACACCGUUGUUCUUUCCUAAACUAGAAACCUUAUUCACAACGACGACUACGAAAGGGAGCCUGGUGUCACCAUCUCCUCUCUAUCAAUCCCAAACUGAGGAACAGAUCAGACAAAGGUGGGAAGAGAAUAAGGUCGAGUUGACGAGAGGGUGGAAGAAGAGAUGGAGAGAAGCGAUGAAGGUUAAGAGGAGGAGGGGAGGUGGUAAAGAUCUGGAGGUAGACCUGUGAUUUCAAGAAAAUACCAUGUCUUUAUGGAAGUAUUCUGAGGGAAUCUGAUGUCGGUCGAUCUAUAUUUAUGUAGGCUCCACAAUCAAGGCUCCCA